AUGUCGCCCAGUCACGCAGCCAGCUAUCGUGCCCAGCGCCGCUGGGACGCCGACACCCUCGUUGCGCCCGACUGGCUCAACAAUGGCGACAAUGCUUGGCAGCUGACGGCUGCCACACUCGUCGGACUCCAAUCUGUCCCGGGCCUGAUGGUCAUGUAUGCUGGAUUGGUGAAAAAGAAGUGGGCCAUCAACUCGGCAUUCAUGGUCCUUUACGCCUUUGCCGCCGUCCUCAUUUGUUGGGUGGUUUACGCGUACCGGGCCGCUUUUGGCAAGCAGAUGUUGCCAUUCGUCGGUGUCCCCGGCCCUGCUGUCGAGAUGAACUACGAAUUGAAGCAGGCGUUCUUGCCAGAGGCUGGCCUCUCGGCAGCAUAUCCUAUGAGCACCAUGGUUUAUUUCCAGUUCGUCUUCGCGGCCAUCACAGUGGUUCUUAUCGCAGGCGCAGCCCUGGCAAGAAUGAACUUCCUGGCCUGGAUGGUUUUUGUGCCACUUUGGUUGACUCUGAGCUACACUGUGGGUGCGUUCAGCAUCUGGGGAGGUGGCUUCUUGUUCGACAUGGGUGUCUUGGAUUACUCGGGAGGGUAUGUCAUCCACGUCUCGUCCGGCACAGCGGGAUGGGUUCUGGCAUACUGGGUCGGCCCUCGACAUCCUCGCGAUCGCACCGAAUUUCACCCGAACAACGUUCUGCUGGCACUUGUGGGCGUCGGGCUCCUCUGGCUCGGCUGGAACGGCUUCAACGGUGGUGAUCCGUAUACCGCUUCGCCCGAUGCUGGUGCCGCCGUGCUCAAUACCAAUGUGUGCACGGCAAUGAGCAUGUUGACCUGGACCAUUAUGGACCUCAUUUUUUUCAAGAAACCAGCCGUCAUUGGAGCCAUUCAAGGCAUCAUCACGGGCCUUGUCGCAAUCACGCCUGCCGCCGGGUUUGUUGCAGGAUGGGGUGCGAUUAUCAUUGGCUUUUUCUCUGGUGUGAUCCCGUGGAUAUCAAUGAACAUCCUGGGCAAGCAAAGGUGGUUCCUCGAAUUCUCCGACGACGUGGUGGGAGAUUUCCAUACGCAUUUGGUUGGUGGUAUUGUUGGGGGCUUCUUGACCGGACUCUUCGCUACGAGCGAGGGCACUGCAGCCUUUGCCCUUGCUCCGUCUGGUGGUGCAAUCGAUGGAAACGGACGACAAGUAUGGGUCCAGAUUGUCGGCUUCCUCUUCAUCAUUGGGUGGAACCUGUUCUGGACCAGCGCCAUCUGCCUAUUCAUCAAAUACGUCAUGAGAAUUCCCCUGAGAUACAACGAGGACCAACUGCUCAUUGGUGAUGGUGAAGUCCACGGCGAACUCCCGUACGCCUUCUUCCACGAUGGACGACAUGAAUACGACGUCCAUUAUGGCAAACCCAAUGAAGACGUGGAGAAGCGUGCGGGUGUAUUGCAGGGCGUGGACGCCGCAGGACAUAUUGACAGCUCGGAGGCGGAAGCGGCAAGCGGCAGUGGCAGCGCCAGUGGUAAUGGGACGAGCAAAGCCACCAAGCAGGCAUAG